AAGUGUGUAGGAAAAAUUUUAUUCGGUCUUAAAUACAAUCGUCAUUAGAAAAACAUUAAACUUUAGAUUGUUUUCCUAAUUUCCUUGUGUGUGCAAGAGAAUAAUAAGGCAAUGGACGACGGCCAGCUUCCCAAAAGACAGCCACCUCCACAAAUCCCGCAAUAUCAAGCCCCCUCCUCCUCCACCCACUACGACGCGUUUGGCAAUGUCUAUGAAGACGAUACCACUGAUGAAGACGAUUCCGCCACGUGGAUCAAUGUCAAGCGAAUCCUCAAAGUCAUCCCUCGCGAUAAUCCUAACGAUCCCUUCAAACCUCACUCUGUCAAAGCCAUCUCCAAGUUGGGCGAAUAUGGGAAACGUCCCAGUGAGGAACUUACCCCAGAGGAGAUCAGUUUGCUCCAAAAUUAUGGGGCCGACAUCGAUCUCGACACUACUUUCGACAAGACAGAACCACCAGGCGUGACCACGGACCAGAUUUCCAAAGAGAGCAAGGGCGAGCUUGCCAAAUUGCCAGAAUGGCUCAGAUCGUUUAUAGAAUCCAAAUUCCCAGCAAUUCAAGCUCAAUACAAAAAUAAUACUCACACUCUUCUCAAAAUGUUUGCCAAUCGGUUGGAAUACCGCAAAAUGAAGCGGUGGGCGUUAGUUCAUCCAGACGAGGAUGAGACGGAAAUUCGACAUCAAAUUGAUGAUGAAACUUAUGGCGAAGUUAUGCAAAUGGAGGAAGCUCUCGUGACACGGCCGGAUGAUGAUGACGAUGAUGACGAGAGGUUGAAUGAGUACGAACACCGGAAUCGGGAACAUGUUGAGAUGGACCCGUUCCGAAAAAAUGACGUGUUGCAAGUUGCCCCUGAAGAUGCAGACAUGGAUUUGUGGUCCCCACUUUUAAUGCAACGUGCUGCUGACGCUUUACGCGCUGUCAUGCUGGCUGGAGCGUCUGAUUCCGAGGGAGAAAAUCCAGAGGAAGGAGAAUGGGAGGACGACAGCGACAAAUUGGCAGAGAUGCGGUCUAAACGGAAAUCUUUUAUGCAGUCGAAAGAAGAUGAAUCAGUUUACAAAGGACCUCACUGGGAAGACGUGGUCGCAAGAAAACAGCAUUUUGCAGAAAAAGCGGCAUGGAAAGCUGGUCUAGAAUUUACUCCGACAGAUCAAAGGAAGAAAUUUGUUCUAAAAAAUUGCCGACGUUAUGACGCUGACGAAAAGGAGGACAAUCCAGGAUCUAAUAAAACUAAUAAAAAACCGGACAACACAAAGAAAUCAGAAUCUAAAUUACCUUCUGAAAAAGACGAAGACUCGGACGGAUGGGAAAAUGUUCACGAUGAUGAACUGUUUGAAAGCAAUAACAGCUUAAAAAAUCGUUACUAUUCUACAGAUCCAGGUCAUCCAUUGUAUCGAAAACCACAAAAUGAAAGUCAAAGGAGAGCGAGGCAAUUUCGGGAACGUGGCGUGGGAAAACGACCAUCCAGAGUUUACGUCAAAGAUCCGUGUAAAGGUCCAGUGUCUCACGUGACUCGCGAACUCCAUCAAAUCCGCCCCACUGAAGGGGUUCACGCCUACGUCAACUUUAUCACGGGUUCCGUCGGAUUUCGAAAUUUUAUUUUGAUCGUCAUCCUGUUUAAUGCUGUGCUACUUGCGGCAGAAACUGGGGAGCGGAAGAGAGGAUUUCAAGUCAUUUUUGACGUUUUCGAUAGUAUAUUUCUUUCCGUCUACUGUGUUGAGUUUGUGCUAAAAUGUUACUCAAAUCCGCUGGAAUAUUUUCGAUCGGGAUUCAAUUGGUUUGACUUCUUCAUUCUCAUCUUCUCUCUCGUCAAGGCGUCCUUUGAAUGGUCUGGGAAUGGCGCAUCUAUCCCCUUCCUCCGAUUUUUUAUUGUUAUCCGUGCCCUUCGAGUCUUGCGUGGUGUCAGCUUAUCCAUUCAUACUCAAGUCCUCGUCACCGCACUCGUUGCCACGCUUAAGAACCACGUGCUUUCUGUCGUAAUUCUUCUCGUCUUGCUUAUGUAUAUCGCUGCAAUUGUCGCAUUUUACUUAUUCUCCGAUAAACCUGUUCUCCAUGAAACGUGGGGCGAGGUACCGAUGGGAAUGUUACGUUUAUUUUCAUUUGUAACGAUGGACGGAUGGACCGAAGUCAUGGAAGAAUUCGAAAAAGCCAAUAUGCUCCACGGGGGACGAAUGUUCUGCCUGAUUUGCAUUGUUUUUGGAAAUUUCGUCUUUUCCAACAUUUUCAUUGCCAUUAUUAUCAUGCAAAUUUCAGAAGCAACUGACAGUUUCAGGAAAACCCAAACUGACGAAAAAGAAUCGUCCGUAUUUUUAAAACAAGAAUCCGUCUUCCGUCGACAAAAACUGGACAUGCGGCAACUCCUCUCCCGACACAAACUUGGCAUUUCAGAAGACUUUUACGAACUAGGGAGCAGAUUUGUACGACGCCUCCAACACGAUGACCUCGUGGAUGCGCGUGACGUAAUUUUCUCUCCGUUGUGGGUCGACUCAUUUUACAAAGCUAUGCAAAGGGCGCAUCAUACUUCAAAUGUUCUAAUGAAUCUCCACCGAAAAAUGUCUGACCGUCUCGUGAAAUUAAAUAAUUUGUACAAUGACGGAAAGUCUGUCACACGAGGAAUAAGCCGUGCCCGGUAUAAUCGCUAUUUGGACGUAAAAGGGAGACUACAACUUCUCAAACAACAGUUUCUCGAUUUGCGAAAUGUCCCUGAGAAGAGACCAAUCCGGGUGAAACUCCCGGAUUUAGUUUCUACCGAGGAACACGCCAAACCCCCUCCCAGACCACCACCCAUGCCGAAACGUCCACUAUGGAAGGAUGACGGAAAGAAUAGGUCGGGAUGAUACACUUUCUCUCCUCGCUUUCACAAUUUUGCUUUCUCUUUAUUUUAUCAAAUAUGUAUCCGCAGCUACGUUACGUAUUAACAAUUAAUUUGCUUUAUGCUUAAAAAUUAUUUGCAGCGUUUCGUUUAUAAACAAUUUAUUUUGUACUUGA